AUGGUUGUCAUUCACUCUGCUAUCCGCAGCCUUCCUGCUGCUUUGCUGGCAUUCUCUGCGGUUUCUGAGGCCCAGAAUGUCGGUCAAUGGGGUCCCAUGAUCAAAUUCCCUGUGGUUCCUGUCUCGGUGGCCCUGCUUCCCGAGACGGGCAACAUGCUGGUUUGGUCCAGUGGCUGGCCUAACCGUUGGACAACAGCUGGCAACGGCAAAACCUACACAUCCCUUUACGAUGUUAAGACGGGAAAGGUUGGCGAUGCCAUCGUCCAAAACACCCAGCAUGACAUGUUCUGCCCAGGUACCUCAAUGGACGAGAACGGACGCAUCAUUGUCACUGGCGGAUCAAGCGCCGCCAAGACCAGCGUUCUUGACUUCAAGAAUGGCGAGUCCUCAUCCUGGACGCCGCUCUCCAACAUGCAAAUCUCAAGAGGAUACCAGUCUAGUUGCACAACUUCUGAGGGCAAGGUCUUCGUCAUUGGAGGUUCCUUCUCUGGAGCCGGUGUGCGAAAUGGCGAGGUCUACGACACCAAGACCAACAAGUGGACGAAGCUGGCCGGUUGCCCAGUCAAGCCGUUGGUCAUGGGAGCUGGCAUGUUCCCUGACAGCCACACGUGGUUGUGGUCUUGGAAGAACGGAUCAGUUCUUCAGGCUGGUCCCUCCAAGCAGAUGAACUGGUACGAUACCAAGGGCACCGGCGCAAACACCCCUGCCGGUCUCCGCGCCGCCGAUACCGACUCCAUGUGCGGUGUCUCCGUCAUGUACGAUGCUGUGGCCGGAAAGGUCUUCACUUACGGAGGUGGUAGAGCUUACACAGGCGUCCAGUCAACCAGCAAUGCUCACAUCUUGACCCUGGGUGAGCCCGGACAGCAGGUCCAGGUCCAAAAGCUCAACAACGGUCAAUACAACCGUGGAUUCGCCAACGCCGUUGUUCUUCCCGACGGAAAGAUCUGGAUCGUCGGCGGCAUGAAGACGAUGACUCUGUUCUCGGACUCCACUCCUCAACUGACCCCUGAGUUGUUCGACCCUGCCACUGGCAAAUUCACCCCGACAACUCCUCACACCGUCCCGCGCAACUACCACUCCACGGCACUUCUGAUGGCCGAUGGUACCGUCUGGUCUGGUGGCGGCGGUCUCUGCGGUGCCGGCUGUGCGGCCAACCACUUCGACGGCCAAUUCUGGUCCCCGCCGUACCUUUUUGAGGCCGACGGCAAGACCCCUGCCAAGAGACCCGUCAUUCAGAGCCUCUCGGAUGAUGAUGUGAAGGCGGGAGCUCCUCUCACUGUCACCAUGGAGGAGGCCGGCCAGUACACCUUCAGCAUGAUCCGUGUUAGCGCCACGACGCAUACCGUCAACACCGAUCAGCGUCGUAUUCCACUCAGUGGACAGGAUGGCGGUGAUGGACAGCAGUUCACGGUCAGUGUCCCCAGUGACUAUGGUGUUGUCAUUCCCGGAUACUACAUGCUCUUCGCGAUGAACGAGGCCGGAACGCCUUGCGUGGCUAAGUUUUUCAAGGUUUCUCUUUGA